AAAUUUAUUGAGGACGCGGAACAAUGCUGAUUGAUAAUGAAUCUAAACACCCACGCCCACCUACAUAAAAUCCACCUUCCUUCGUGAACCUCAUCCGCGACACAUAUCCCUUUCGCAAGCCAACCGGACCUUCCCCACUAUCCGAAGCCCCUCGAAUGGCCGGUAGUACUCUCGAAGCCGCCGAAUGGCAGCUGAUAUCCGGCGACGAUGUCUCCCCCGAGACCUCUCAUGACCUCGCACUCGUUCAAAACGGCGACUUUAAAGAGCUUUUCGAGUCCCCCACUACGCGACAAACGAUCGGCGCCGACAUCUUGGACGCCAGCGACCCCGCCGUCACGAAGCUUCGCGAAGAUUUGGAUUAUGCUAGCUUCGUGGAGGCCCGCAUCACCGCUCAGCAUUCGGCCAUUCCCGCCGACGAGCGGCCAUUAUGGCUCCUCCGGUUGAUGUGCAUUGGAGUCGGUGCACUGCGCUCGUUUCUGCAGACGAACGUUACUGGCCCUCCGCUGUUCUACGAUCCCAACAAGGAGCUCAUUCCUGUCUGUCUGGCGGAAGACGCAGACUUCGUGCGCGCGCUCUCGAAGGCGGCUGUGACGUUCAUGACUGUAGACGGGGAAUCGCCCUACCACCUAGCGUCGCACAUGCUGCUACUCACCCUUGCAGUGAGUAUUAUGAACUCGCCGUUACUGGCGGGUGAGGAUGCUCCUCAGACUGCUUCGUGGUGGAGAUUGCGGGUCAACUUCCUCCACCAGAGGAUCCUUUCCGAGAAGACUGGUACAUUGUACAAGAACAUCGUUGCGGAUAUCAACGAUGUGGUCCCGCGGCUGGCGGGACAGAGCAAUAUUGUCCAGGCCAUGCUCUUGGUGGAACGCGCGAUGGUGGAUACAUACUUCGGCAACGAUGCCAGAGCGCUGAAGCAGCUGGAGGACGCCACGGAGCUGACGGGACUGAAGUAUGUAUUGACUGGUGUCAUGGGCAAACGAACACAAUGGCAGCAGAAGGAGACCAGUCAGCUGGUUGUUUUGGCCAAGAGCGCGGAACAGAAUAACGUCGAAGGGACGAAACCGAAGACUUUGGACCUGAACGACGACACACUGCUCGAGAAGAUCUCAUUCACCGAUUCAAAAACCCUGACACCGAAGGAGGACUCCGAUCUUCCAGCCGAGCUGGCUUCGCUCGAUGCUGGAAAUCAGCCACCUCUUCAUCCGCUGGAUGCCACAAUCCUACUGCUGUUUACCGAAACCAUCAAGAACACCAACCCCGAGGACGGCACGACGAGAGAACAGAUGCUGCCCUAUGCGGAGCGUGUACUGUCUCACAGUACAAACUGGGAAGUCUACACCCUGGGCUUGCUGGUGCGGAGUAGAAUCGAAUCGACCAGGUCACGAACAGUGGAACGGUCCGUUCUGCAACUGCAGGUCGUCGUAGACCAGGUCAUCGCGGAAACAACAGGCAAGCGAACUGCAACGGAAGCCGAGAGCGACGACACUACGGUUGCUCCUACUUUCCUCCCGCAGCCCAAGGAGGGAGAGUCAGCGUCAAUCCGAGAACGUCUGCUCUACAUCCACCAACUUCCCAUUCCAACCAGAUGGGAGCUCGAGGCGGAAUUAGCAUCUCGCUGGUCCAGCGUAGGAGGUCUCAGGACUGCUCUCGAGAUCUUCGAGCGUCUGGAGAUGUGGCCAGAAGUCGCCCUCUGCUGGGCCGCCACCGAGCAAGAAGAAAAAGCCAAAGGGGUCAUCCGCAAGCAGCUCUUCGAGGACGACUCUGAGCAAGAGCGCGCACCGCCUCCCCCGCAAGCCCCCAGACUAUGGUGCAUCCUCGGCGACAUCGAGAACAACGCCGCGCACUACGAAAAGGCCUGGACAGUCAGCAACAACCGCUUUGCGCGCGCAAAGCGCUCCCUCGGUCGCUACUAUAUGAACAUUAACGACUGCCAGAAGGCAUCGGAGGCAUACGGCGACUCGCUACGUAUUUACCCUCUUCAUGGGCCGAGUUGGUUCGCGCUCGGCUGCUGCCGGCUAGAGCUCCAGACAUGGGACGGCGCUGUACGUGCCUUCAGCCGUGCAGUGAGCAUUGACAACACCGACGCAGAGGCAUGGAGCAAUCUCGCCACUGCGCUCCUGCGUCGUGAUCCGAGUGACGACGACGCUCCGGUGGAACAAAGCCGCAUCCGUCUUGACGACGAGGAAGAAGAAGACGCUGCGGUUGCUGCUGCCGACCCCCAGCGAAACCGCAAGGACGCCCUGCAAGCCCUCAAACGCGCCGCCCAACUGAAGCGCGAGUCCUGGCGCAUCUGGGAUAACUACCUUACCGUUGCGGCGACCCUGCAGCCGCCAGAGUUCCAGGACAUGAUCGUAGCCAUGAAGAACCUGAUCGCGCUCCGCAGCCGCUCCAAGGGCGAGCUGGCGGUCGACACCAGCGUCCUGGAGCUGCUGGUACAGCACAUCAUUUCCGAGGACCUGAACCAGGAAAAGCCCAUCGGGUACGAUCCCAUCAAGCCCGGCCUCGCGAAGCAGGUCGUUGAGCUGGUGGAGAAGGAGGUCGUCCCGCUGAUCACUACCGACCCGCGCCUGUGGAAGAUCGUGGCGAGGCUGAACUUGUGGAGGAAGAAGCCGCGUUCCGCGCUCGAGGCUCAUGAGAAGGCGUGGAGAGCGGUCAAUUCCAGGCCCGGGAUUACGGAUGCGACGGAGAAGGAGUGGAAUGAGUUGGUGGAUGCUACCGUCGAGCUGGUGGAUGCGUAUGAGAGCUUGGGACAGAUGGAGAGGACUGAUGGCCUGGGCGCUGGAGAGCUUGUGGCGAAGGAUUGGAGGUUUAAGGCUAGGUCUGCAGUGAGGGGCAUCAUUGGGAAGGGGAAGAUGAACUGGGAGGGGACGGCGGGAUAUGGCAGGCUUGAGGAGGCGUUGGAGGGGUUGAAGGCGUAGAUAUGGGUUAUGUAUUGGGUGGUACGGUUUCGGCGCACAAAAGUUCAAUGGAUAGAAUAGAUGAUCACUUUCUUCGUGG